AUGCCUAACAUUCAAUUGCCUGAGAGAAUUUUUGCUGCCGGCCAAGAGCCCGUCGGAGAGAGGGUGAAUUCUUACCAAAAAUCAAAAUCGGUACAGGCUAUUAUGAAUUCUCUCGACGAAGAUGAAGCAAAGAGGCUUCGUGAUUCCCAACUUGGACGGCUCCUAGAGACGAUGGAGAAGCCUUCAUUUUCCGGGAGCUUUGGCUAUUACAUGCUCGCUCGUCUCUUGCGUGUGAAGAAGAAGCAUGAAUUAUGGUUUCUGUUUGCUGGUCGGCCAGUGAGAUUUUCUCUCAGAGAGUUUGCUCUAGUUACAGGGCUCGAGUGUGGGAAAUUUGCUCAGACGAGGAAGCUUAAAAAUCUUGUGGCCCAGAAACCGUACUGGCCUGAGCUCUUUGGGUUGCUUAAGACAUGCACUGUUGAUUCCGUCAUCCACAUGUUACAGAAAAGAAAAAUUACAGACAAAGAGAAGAGAUUCAAAUGCGCCUGCCUCGCUGUAACUGCCUCUGUUUUGGUUCCUACCUCGCAUGUUACCAAGAUUGUCCCCGAGCAUGUCGAGCUCAUAAGGGACAUUGAUUCAUUUCUUUCAUACCCUUGGGGUAGAGUUGGGUUUGAUUUGCUCGUAUCUAGCAUCAAAUCCAAAGAUGAAUUGGAACUCUCGCAGAAGACAAUCGCCGUAAAAGGAUUUUUUUAUGCCAUCCAGCUUGUAAUGAUGGCUGCAGUGCCGACGCUUACCGAGGUAGUUCAAGCUCCAUCCGGUGAGUCUGAUAGUGACUACGAAGAUGAAUGUGACACCGCCGCCGAUGUAUCCACCGGACAGGAGGCCAAUCUCGGCUGCGAUGCCGCGGAUCUGGCUGAAAGAGCCACAUCUUCCGGCGUUGUGAAAAUGAUGCUUAGUCCCAGCCAUGCACGAGAAAUCGAUGAGGAGGAGAAGGUAAAUUACCUCACUUAUUGA